AUGGCCAAGUCCGUUCCUGUCCGCGACUUCACCGUCGGCUGGAUCUGCGCUCUGCCCAUCGAGCUGGCAGCCGCAGCUAAGAUGAUGGACGAGAGAUUUGCUGAUCUUCCGUCCCAGCCGACCGAUUCCAACCUCUACUCCUUCGGCCGAAUCGGCGUUCACAAUGUCGUUGCUGCCUGUUUACCCGCCGGCCAGAUGGGCACGAAUCAAGCAGCCACGGUGGCUAGCCAGAUGAAAACCAGCUUCCCUUCACUACGGUUCGGUGUCCUCGUCGGCAUUGGCGGUGGCGUCCCCAAUCUCAACGACGAUAUCGACAUCCGUCUCGGCGAUGUUGUCAUCAGCCAGCCGGCAGGACAGCACAGCGGAGUGAUUCAAUACGAUUUCGGGAAGACUGGAGCCGAUGGUCGUAUUGCUCGCACGGGCAGCCUUAACGCGCCGCCAACGAUCCUCCUCAACGCCUUAACUAAGCUCCGUGCUAAUGACAUUCUGGGCGAGACGCAAGUCCUCACAUACCUGUCGCAACUAUCUAUUCAAACAAAGUUCGCAUCGCCAGGCCCUGAAGAAGACACGCUCUACAAUGCGUCAUCGCUACACAUCGCCGGAGCUACAUGCGCGAAAUGCUGUCCAGAAGACGCAGAGGACCGGGACGCACGCGCAACACCAGACCCAGUCCUCUUCUUCGGCAACAUCGCAUCCGGUAACCAGGUGAUGAAGGAUGGUCAGACGCGCGACAGAUACAGUAAGGAGCUGGGAGGCGUCUUGUGCUUCGAGAUGGAGGCAGCCGGACUGAUGAACAAUUUCCCUUGUAUCGUUAUCCGCGGCAUCUGCGACUAUGCAGACGCGCACAAGAACAAGCUGUGGCAACCAUACGCAGCAGCGACGGCGGCAGCAUACGCUAAAGAGCUGCUGAAUACCAUCCCACCGUUAACUUCUAGCAAUCUAGACAAGCCACAGGGUUCUCAUCGGAAACCUCACUUCAUCGUUCAGCUUGGACGAAACGAAAGCUUUGUUGGCAGAGAUGCGAUCCUGACGCGGCUCCUGGAGCGAAUACCUCCGAGCGCUAACAGAGACGCCUGUCAGAGGACUGCGAUCGUGGGCCUGGGGGGAAUUGGCAAAACACAGGUCGCGGUCGAGGCCGCCUACCGCGUUCGCGAUGCACACCCAGACUGCUCCGUUUUUUGGGUUCCGGCUGUAAACACAGUCAUGUUUGAGAAUGCAUAUCGUGAGAUCGGUCAAGCGCUUAACAUCAUAGGUAUCGAGGAUGACCAAGCGGACAUCAAGAGUCUGGUGAAGGCUGCACUGGAACGAGACGACGCUGGCAGCUGGCUUCUCAUCGUCGACAAUGCCGACGAUAUGGAGGUACUGUUCACUGGCCCUAAGCUUACAUCUUAUUUCCCUUCCAGUCGAAAAGGCUCUAUUUUGAUUACAUCGCGGAACCACAAGGCUGCAGCAAGAUGGAGUCGAGGUAAACCCAUGCAUCUACAAGAGAUGGAUGCUAUGGAAGCCACUGAGCUUUUGCACAAGAAUUUGGACGAAAGCCAGUUCAGUGACAGUGAAAGCACGACACAAUUGCUUGAGUGCCUCGCGUACCUACCCAUAGCCAUUCGCCAAGCAUCUGCUUAUCUGGCUGCAAACACGAACAUCACUGUCUUCAAAUAUCUUGAGUAUUGCAAGUCUGGUAAUAGUACGCUGGUGAAGCUACUGAGCAAGGACUAUGACGACCAAAAUGGGUAUGCGGAUAUUCAGAACCCAGUAGCCACGACAUGGCUGAUCUCAUUCGAACAAAUCUCGCGGGAUAGCCCAUUAGCGGCGGACUACCUCAGCAUCAUUUGCUAUCUCGCAGAGAGAGACAUCUCAAGAGACUUGUUGCCGCCUGGAGAUGACGAAAUGAAUAGUAACGAAGCAAUUGGCAUCCUGAAAGCCUACACAUUCAUUCUGCAGCUUGGCAGCGAGAGCAAGUUCGACGUUCAUCGCCUGGUGCGUUUGGUGAUGCGUAAUUGGCUGAAGAAGCGACAUAGGGAAGAAGAGCAGGUGACCAAGACGAUCAUGCGGCUUUCUGAUUUGUUUCCUUGGCCAGCACACGGAAACAGGGAAGUUUAG